AUGUUGAUCAACACUGUCUCAGUAAUUGCUCAACGAAAUAACACCUCUGCUACUAGUAAAUUUCAUAUUGCAUACAAAAACAUGCUAUCACGAUUUAGUGGGAUUGCUACAAGAAACCCAUUAAGGGCAAGCAGUCUUAUUUUGAAGGGACUUCCUAAUAGAAAUGCCAAAAUUGUACAACUAUUAUCCUUGACAAGUGUGACAAGGAGUACUCAAUCACUGCCUGCACUAAGAUCGAGUAACCAAUUACUUACUAUUCCACCAUGCCAACCAAGAACAUUAAACAAAGUGCUAAAGAGAGGGUUUUAUACUACAAGCAAGAAGUCAAUCAAGUUCAUCUUUUCGAAGGGGGAUAAAGACAAUCAUAAUAAGAUGAAGUACUAUUCAAUACCGACGCCUGUGGUUAUAUUAUCUACAAUAGGUGGGUUUGUGCUUUUAUUCACAAUCCUACCAUUCCUAUUCACUUUUGGAUUCCCAUUCUUGAUAGGUAUGAUAGUAUUCUUUCAAUUUAGAAGAUGGAAGACACAUCAGCUGUAUAAGAAGAUGGCAGAGGUUUUACAAGAUUCGCAGAUUAAUAUGAAGAAUAAUCAAUUGAUGUCACUGAAAUAUAGACUAAUAGAACAAGGGUUACCGAUGUUAACUAAUUUCUCAAACAAGACCACGAAACAGCUGUCCAGCAGGGGAGAGACGUUGAUCAACCAGUUGCAACAGAGGAUUAAAGAAUCAUUUGCUAACAACGACAAUAAUAUUGCCAAUGUUUUUGUCCCGCAAGGCCACAAGCUAUCAGAAUAUGAACUACUGUUGCCCCACCACACUUUCAAGAGCUACACAAAGAAACUUCCUCACGAUCAAGAUAUUGGGCUUUUGUCCUUGAGUCUUUACAUGAGACGCAGACAGCAUAGGAAUAUCAAAGUUGCCAUGCCUAUUCCUGUCGAGUUAAAUCUCGGCAAUAAGGUUGCAAAUGUAUAUUUUGUCUAUAAAGGGGAUACUGCAAGAGGGCUUCUAAACACACAAAUUCUUCUCGAGGCUGCAAAAGCUGGCGUAGAUCUCCAGGAAAUUAAAUCUUCCACGCAAUUCCUUAUCUCAAUCGUACCACUAGACUCAUGGCUCCCAACCCAGUACAUAAUCGCUGAUGCAGGUUCCCUCGGCUCGUUCAACGAGGAUCCAUCAUCCUCCAGCCGUGAAUUUGUCAUCAACAACAAAUCCAAAUAG